AUGGAUUUCGUCAAAAACACCACUGAUUCCGCUCGGGAGGGGAUCAAAACCACGAACGGGACGCUGGUGUGGUUAGAAGUGGUAUCCUGCACCAUCGCCAGCAUCUUAGUGCUCGCCUUCUUCUUCGCCCCAUACCGGCGCUGGCACACCAAUCCCGUCCUCAAGCUUCUCUUCUGGGUUGCUGGUACACCAGUGGGAACGAUGCUGAGCACCACCCUUAGCAUCAUGCAGGCGACUGGCUACCACAACGAGCUGCACUUGGUGUGGGUGGUCUUCUUAGUCAUCGCCUCUGGAAGUCUGGCCACCACCUUCAGCUACAGUCUUUACAUCAGUAGCAAAGAGCGGAUGACUUUAGAAGGGAUUCUGUUUCUAAACAACCUUUUCGGGGCUUCACUGAUCAUUUCCUCCUUCACCGGAGAUUCAAAGUUUAAGCGGCCCCUUUGGGUGCUCUGGUGCUUAAUUAUGGUGAAAUCGAUCCAAAGGAUCAUCGGCUUCCAAGUGGCCAAUCGACGGUAUGGGACGGAAAACGUCAAUUUGGUCGCAAACUACAUGUGCUACGAGCAUGAACUGACGCCUAAUCGCAACGAAGUCGAUCCUGCUAACAUGAACGGGUACAAAUAUCUUGUGGCUGGAGAAGAUAAAGUGAAGACCGAACGGCAAGUACCGGACUACCUGCAGAGGAUUGAUGUAACGGACAAGGAGGUCAUCACCAUCGAAAAGGUUUGGUGGUGCCAAGGAAGACUACGGUGCUUCGGUGGGGACCUUGGAGGGCACCUCAAAGAUGUGUGCCUCUCCUUUGCUUUGUUCAAGCUACUGCGGCGAAGGUUUUUCAAUUACUCAGCUGCGGAAGCCGCCGACACCAAGACCCAUGAUUUUGUCUUCCGUGGCCUCCUCAGCGAGGAUGAUCACAGAAGAGCCUUCAGGGUGAUCAAGGUAGAGCUGGAAUUCCUCUAUGAUCUUUUCUACACCAUGUUCCCUAUUAGCUUCAGUUGUUGGUUCUCAAUUUUCUGUGUCCUGCAAAUUUCUACCAUCACUACAAGUGUCUGGACUGCAGUAAGGGUUCUUCAUAACUACCAAACCCCUAAAAAUGACAUCGACCGUGUCGUGGACGGGAAGAAUGUUGACGCCAUCAUUUCCUACGUGUUUGUAAUUCUGAUCAUGACCAUGGAAGCAUGGGAAUUCUGCAACUAUUUGCUCUCUGAUUGGGCUAAGGUAAUGUUGAUAUGUAACUAUGUCAAAAAUCCUGAGCAAUUCUUUCGUCCUGACAAGGUAGUUGGUAUCAUAUGCCGCGGAAAGCUUUGCAGGCCUUUGAGUGAUAUGAUUGGGCAAUACUCCCUGCUUGAAAAUUUCAGGUGCAAUAAUUGCAACAUUCCAUGCAAUGUAACAUGUGGCUUGACUGCAGAUAAGAAACGUAAACGGGUGAUCAAAUUGCCAGAAGAAGUGAAGAAAGAGAUUUAUGAUUCUCUCAGGAGGGAAGGCGGACUCUCGAAUGGGGAGUUGUCGCUGCCACGGAACUACGUGAGUGCAGAGCUCUUCUGGGCAUGCGGACUCCCAUCUCACGCUCACAGGAUAAUGGUCUGGCACAUUGCCACCAGCCAUUUUGAAAUGAUCGAUUCACCUAAAAGGAGCAAUGCUGUUCCUAGAAAUGUCGACCAUCAGAAAGAUACCGAACGUCACAGAAAAGUUGCUACUACUUUAUCAAGAUAUUGUGCUUAUUUGUUGGUUUUUGCUCCGGAAUUGCUCUUGAUAGUAUCUGAAACCAGGAAAUCCUUUGAGAGGUUUGAGGACAUGCGGACAGGAGAUUCACGAAAGACUAUGAUAGAAAUGGGUGCAAAAUUAGCAAAGCAGUUGGAGAUGCACCUAGAAGAUGAAGAACGGCGGUGGAGGGUCUUGGCAGAAUUUUGGGCAGACUUGAUACUCUUUCUUGCUCCAUCAGAUAACGCUUUGGCACAUGCCAAAAAACUAGUCACAGGUGGGGAGUUUAUUAUACACCUGUGGGCUCUUCUAUACCAUGCAGGCAUUGAACGACCUCAAUCUUCUCAGGAUCAUACGUUCACUGCCUUCUCUGUCUAAGGUUGUUGAUCCGACGUAAGCUGUUGUAAAUUGAUUCGCUUCCACCAUGUUGUGUCGUCAUAAAAACUCCUCUCUUAGGUUUCCUUGUGAAAGUCACUGUAGUUGGAUGUGUUGUAAGCUCUUCCCUUUUUAAUCAAAGUGGUGAACUCUUUUGUUGUAUUAA